GUCACAACCGGUCGAAGAAGUCUGUGGCUGUGCAGGUCGGGCCGGCCUCGAUUAAAGCAGUGGGUGAGACGAUGACUCUACUUUGCAAGAAACCACAAAGGCUCUCCGCAAAAUUCAUCAAGCGAUACAAAUAUCAACAUCGAUACUCCAGCGCACCAGCAUCCACACAUGUGAUCAAUGAGGGCAGUCGAAUCGGGAUCCUAGGAGGCGGACUAGCCGGCCUGACGUCGGCGUAUUACUUGUCCAAGCAACUCCCAGAAUCCAAUCAGAUUAUCGUCUGGGAAAAGGCCCACAGGUUUGGCGGCUGGGUCCAGAGGUCGAGGGUCGACGAUCAGAACAACCGGACUCCGUUGGUCUUCGAGUCUGGGCCUAGAAGCGUCAGGCCAAAGGGCUUGGCCGGGUUGAUCUCUAUCGAAUUGAUCAAGGACUUGAAGCUGCUCGAUUCAGUGAUUAUUAUACCUAAAACCCAUCCAUCGGCUCAGAACCGCUACAUAUACACGAAAAAUGGACUACAGAAGCUACCCUCGUCGAUGCUUUCGUUGCUAAGAUCGAUCCACAAACGUCCGAUCUCGUUGAUACCAGGAUCGCUACUCAAAGACAUAUUCCACACAACCGAAACAUCAAGAACACGCCCGAUCGAUGACGAAAGCAUUUCCGAAUUUAUUUCCAGAAGGUUUGGCGAUGGGAUCGGAGAGGAACUAAUUUCCGGCAUGGUUCAUGGCAUCUACGCUGGGGAUUACAAGACGCUCAGCGUUAGGAGUAGUCUGUUCAAAUCGGUCUGGGAACUCGAAAGGAAAUAUGGCGGUGUCUUGAACGGAUUGAGGGCCAGUCAGAAAAAACGAGCUCCGAUCGAUACAAAUCAUGAAGAAGAAACACUUCGUAAAUCUCUCAACGAUCAUUCUCUUCAAGAUCUAGUGGAUUGCAGUGUCUGGGGCCUCAAGGGCGGUCUCGAAACGCUGGUAACCUCUUUGAGAGAUUGGCUUGAAAAGAAACCGAAUGUGAUUCUCAAGUCGUCAGAGAGCAUCGAGUCGGUGAUGCCAUCUCCUGAUGGCCCUUCCACAGUUACCUCGUCUCUUGGAGUCUAUGGACAAAUCGAUCAUCUGAUCUCCGCCCUUCCACCUCAAGUCUUACACUCCUGCCUGGGACCAACGCUUCAGAGCCGAUUGGAAGUGUUGACCACCAACCCGAGUGUGACUGUCGGAGUGGUGAACCUAGCUUACCGAUCCCCUCGCCGGCUCAACCCUAUCCCACCGGCGUUUGGCUACCUGAUCCCGGCCAGCAUUGGGCGAGAGCUGAACCCCCAUCGAGUGCUAGGAGUAGUCUUUGACAGCGACAUGAUGCCGGGAGUUGAGGAGGAAAUCGGAGGGGAAGAGUUGACGAAGUUGACGGUGAUGAUGGGCGGCCAUUACUAUUCCAAGCAACCCGACUCGAUCCCGACAAACGACGAGCUGAUCAAACAAGCCUGUCAGACGAUCAAAGACCAACUGGGGAUCGUCCAGGAGCCAUUCUCCGCCCAAGCUCAGAUACAGAAGGAUUGUAUCCCUCAAUAUCUCGUGGGCCACCAUCGAAGGAUGUCUGAACUCCAUCAUCAACUCGCACCUUUCAAUCUCUCCCUCGUCGGCUCAGGCUAUUCUGGCGUCGGAUUGAACGACGUCGUUAAGUCUGCCAGAGAUAAUGUUAUCAAUCUGAUCAAAAAUGGCCGCUCAACUGGAUUGGAAGAUUUUGAUAUCUCAACAUGACCUGAUCGAUGUGGAUACUCAGUUUAAUGACAUGAAGUUAUAACUUUGCUUGUAGCGGCUGCAUAGGAGCGAAUAGGUCGUGUAUUUAUUCACUUACGACUGAUGACGUCAUUCUAGAAUUGACUUUGGUGGGCUUGAGAAAAAGAAAAUUGUGAAUGAAUCAUAAGUAAUGCUGGUGGGGGGGGGGGUGAUACUCAAUCCCCCGAAUGUCCGCUGAGUUUUUUUAUUGUAUUUUUUCACUCAUGUGGGAAGGGAAAUUUGGUUGUAAUUUCUUGACUGGUCCGUCUGUUUUUUAUAUUUUCUUUCAGAAAAAAAAAAUCAAAUUAUUUGAUCCUCUCAUUCUCCUAUUUGAGGGCAUCGUGACUGAGCAGCUGCUAGUCUGUGUUAAACUCACUUCCUUCCCUGGAAUUUCUCGCAUCGACUCAUGAUGAACUUAUCGAUAUGACUAAAAACAUCAUGUGACAUUUCAUGGGAGGGAACUCUUGCCUUUUAGUGAAUCCCGACCGUUUUCCUAAUAUUAUGUCUAGGUUUCUUGCACCCUUGAUAGUAUCUCCUCUUCUAUGUGAUCUUGUUGUGGAUUUGAUGUUGACUGUUGAAGGUGCAGCCAACCGCAUGUAAAGUAAGGCA